AUGUCCAUCUCCAGCGGAGCUGCAUUGCAUAAAUUGCAGAAACCAGGGCAAACUCCAUUCCUUCUGUUGCGUAAUCUACCUCUCCGCGCAUUGCGCGGGUCUCAAUCUAGUGAUAAUUGGUUGUCGGUAUGGCGACUGCAUAUUCCUGAGAAGUACAAGUUCUUGAUUUGGCUCAAUUUUCAUAAUGUUCUUCCUACGGCAGAGUUUCGUUUGGGUCGUGGCUUAGCUUUAUCUAGCACCUGUCAUCGGUGUCAGAAUGGUUCUGAAUUCAUUCUUCAUUGUCUUCGGGAGUGCCCUAGUGCCAAGGAGAUUUGGAGAAGUAGAAAUGAUGACUUAUUUAAUAUAGAUGACUCUUGGAGUGCUAGUAAAGUGGUGAGUUUGAUUCGUAGUUCAGUAAAGAAGCUCCACACUAUUUUUGCUAUGCAUCAAUCUUUGUCUCCUCCUUCGCUUUGUUUGCAUUGGGUUCCACCUCCAUUUCAUUCUAUUAAAUUGAAUUGUGAUGCUAGUUGUUUUGUUCCUUUUGACUAUGCUGGUUUUGGUUGUAUCAUUCGCAAUUCUGAUGGAUGUUGGUUGAAAGGUUGCACUGGAAAAGUCGAAGUGUGCAGUGUUCUUUUUGCUGAAUUGUAUGCAAUUUGGAGAGGUUUACUUCUUGCUUGGGAUAGUGGAUUUCGUGAGAUUAUUUGUGAAACAGACUGUUUAAAAGUUCUUUUCUUGGUAAACCAAAGAAUGCUUGAUAAGGAUAUUCUAGAAUGGGAUUUGGCAAAGCAUAUACAGGAGGUUAUGAGUUGGAAUUGGAGAGUCUCUAUUCUUUUAAUUCAGAGGAAUGCAAAUAGUGUUGCAGAUUGUAUGGCUAAAGCAGCUACUUCUGGCGCGGACAUUCCUAAUAGCUAA